CAAAUUCAAUUUAUGGUAUAACAGGAUAUAUUCAUUCACCAUUAUAUAAUAAAAAAGUUACAUUAUCAGUAACUGCUUUAGUUCAUUCCUUUACUCGAUGUGUUAUGGAAAUCAUAAAAGAACAAGGAUGUAAUGUAGUUUAUGAAAAUGCAGAAAUUAAAAAACAAUUUUGGUUAGAAAUGAUUAAUAAAACAAUCAGAUUUUCUAAAGAACUUCAAUUACAUAUAAAUGAAAUUUUAAAAAAAGAAACAAGUUAUUUUUAUAUAGCUGUAGCUUAUAAAAAAGUUUUAAUGCCUGGAAUUUUUCCACAGAAAAAAAUGUAUUUUGGAAUUAAACAUGAAGAUUAUACAAAUUUUGAUAAUCCAAAACUUUUCAUGAAAGGAAGAAUUAUUAAAAAAAAUGCAACAAAAUUCUAUCGAACUAUUGCAAUAGACAUCAUAUAUGAAGUAGUCAAAAAAUAUAUUGAUGAAAAGGAUUUGAAUUUGUUUAAAUUAACAGAUAGAUAUAAUCCUAAUUUCAAACAUACAACAUUAACUGAUUUUACUAAUAGAAAUUUUCAAUCUAAAAAGAAAAGUAAAAACACAAAAGUAAUAAAUUUCAUGACUCGAAUGAAUGAUAAUUAUAAAAUCGAAAUUGUAACCAGAAGAUUUUAUUAUUAUAUAAUGACACAUCAAGAUAAAAAAGCACAAACAUAUGAAAAUAUGUGA